ACGAAUGGCCUUUGUUGUGUGAAGCUGCGCUACACGUGAGCGCGAUGUUGUCCUAGAGAAAUUGAUUUUAUCACUUAGAUUCCAUCUGUAGCGCUCUGCUUAGUUAUCGUGCAGCACAUUUGGCAACUCCCUCGCGUUCUGUGAUCGCGCGCGAUUUGAUCUCCCGCAAGAGUGCAACGAAAGCGCGGUGAAAUGUUCCUGGAGCAGCUGAAGGCAGUGUCCCUGCUGCUGUGGCUCCUGGUGCCCUGCCUUGGGGCCUCAGAGGGCGUAGACAAGACGGGGAAGCUGGUGUUUGCCCAUGUGAUGUACCGUCACGGCGACCGGACGCCCAUCAAUCCCUACCCCAACGAUCCCUACAGGACGCCCUCGGCCUGGGACGGCGUGGACUGGGGCCAGCUGACCAAUGAGGGCAAAAGGCAGCACUUCGAGCUGGGAAAGUGGCUGAGGAAUCGCUACAGCGAGCUCGUGGGGGAACUCUAUGAUCGCAAUGAGAUCUACGUGCGCUCCACAGACGUCGAGCGUACGCUGCAGAGCGCCCUGUCCAAUCUGGCGGGCUUCUAUCCGCCGGCCGGACGCGACGUGUGGCAGGAGGAACUCGGCUGGCAGCCCAUUCCCGUGCACACGAUGCCAGAGAGCAUGGACGCGUUGCUGGCGAGCAAGAAGGCGUGCCCGGCGUACGAGUAUGCGCUGAAGAAGAAGCGCCGGUCGGAGGAGUACAAGGAACUGAACAGGAAGUACAAGGAGCUGUACGAUUACCUCUCGCUGAACAGCGGCAAGAAGGUCAACAGUCUGGAGGGUGUUCAGAUGCUCUACAGCUGCAUGUUCAUCGAGGCGCUGCACAACAAGACGCUGCCCGAUUGGGCGCAGAGCGUCUUCCCAGGCGACAUGGAGUGGAUCUCGGCCAAGUCCUUCUCCACGUACUGCAGCACGCCGCAGCUGGCGCGUCUCAAGUCGGGACCCAUUCUCAAGGAGAUGCUCGAGCGCUUCGUGAACAAGACGGAAGGAACGCUGAAGCCCGAUCGCUCGCUGUGGAUCUACUCUGCUCACGACGUCACCGUGGGGAAUCUGCUCAACAUCCUUGGACUCUUCGACCCGCCUCACAAUCCGCCGUUCGCCGCGUGCGUGAUGCUGGAGCUGCGCCUGUUCGAUGGCAAGCCCUUCGUGUCCGUGUUCUACAAGAACACCACGGCUGAGCCUGAGGCCAUGGACAUUCCGCGGUGCGGGAAAUCGUGUCCGCUGGAGAAGAUGUUCCUGCUGUACGCUGACUUGCUGCCCGACGACUGGGAGUCGGAGUGCAAACUGCCACUGAUGACCAUGAGCUACGAAGAGGUCGAUCUAUCAUCGCCAUCGUCUUCGAGCUCUGAUGAAAGCAGUCAGAGUGUCUGGGAUUUCUUUGAUGCUGACCAAUUCCACUCAAACGAAGAGCUUUAAGAGAGUGAACAUGAACCAAAACCACCAAUUUCAAAUCACGUAGAGCUGUGCGAAAUGUAUACUUAACUACAUUUUACGUAGAGAUUUUUAAUUAAAAGUGCCUGCUGGAUAUUCUAAGCUGUUUUCCUUAUCACUCUGAUAUUUGCAGAACUAUUCCUAUUAUUUCUCAUUAAUCUUGUGACUAAUCACUUUCCAUUCUGACUAACAAACGCACGCU